AUGACAGAGGAUAAAAAGAGUGAGAUAUUGAAGGAAUUUGACCCUUUCAACCAAUUGGAACCUACAAAGAAUGGCAACCCGGAUAAAGAUGUGGUAUAUCAGAAGGAUGAUGCUGUUAAAGCAGUGGCAGGAGAAACCAACACGGACAUUUCCGCCCAAGAAAGGGGAGAUGAGGAGCCGUUUUAUGACUUUCAACUGUUUAUCAAACAGCUUCAAACCCCCGGUGCAGAUCCUCUAGUUAAAUAUACGAAAUCAUUCUUACGCAACUUCUUGGCGCAAAGACUUCUAUGGACGGUCAGUGAAGAAAUAAAACUCAUCAACGACUUUAAGACUUUCAUCUACGAUAAAUUCACUCUAUACGAGCCUUUCAAAAGUCUUGACAAUUCUAAAACCAGGAAUGCCAAGGAGGGUAUGGAAAAGUUAAUUAUGGGGAAGCUAUAUUUCCGCUGUUUUUCACCAAGUCUUUACGAAAUUUUGAAGAAGACAUUAGAUGAUGAGCACAUGAAAGAUCUGAACGAUGAUGACACCUUGCUAGAAAAGAUCAAACAUUAUAGAUUCAUAAGCCCGGUUAUGUUGGAUAUUCCUGACACCAUGCCGGAUGCCAGGCUGAAUAAGUUUGUCCAUUUGGCAAGUACAGAGUUGGGCAAGAUAAAUAGGUUUAAGUCCCCAAGGGAUAAGAUGGUUUGCGUUUUAAAUGCCAGUAAAGUGAUAUUUGGUUUACUGAAACAUACCAAGUUGGAACAAAACGGUGCAGACAGCUUUAUACCUGUACUAAUAUACUGCAUUUUGAAGGGGCAAGUACGAUACCUAGUUUCGAAUGUGAACUACAUCGAGAGAUUUAGAUCAUCAGAUUUCAUUCGGGGUGAAGAAGAAUAUUACUUGAGCAGUCUCCAGGCUGCUGUUAACUUCAUCAUAAACUUGACCGAAUCGUCUUUAACUAUUGAAGAUCGCAAAGGGUUUGAAGAGGAAUACCAAAGAAAUUUGAAACAAAUAGCAGAAGAAAAAGAGGAAGAAGAGAAGAAAAAACAAUUAGAGGUACCGGAUGAUCUGCAAUCCAAUGGCGCUUUACUAAAACCUUUAGAUGAAGUUACCAACAUUGUAAUUUCCAAAUUCAAUGAACUGUUUUCACCAAUUGGAGAACCUACACAAGAGGAGACAUUGAAAUCUGAACAAAGCAGCAAAGAAGAAGACGUUUCUUUGUUGAUCAAGAAAAUUGAAGAGAACGAACGUAGGGACACGUUGAAGACUUUACAGAAUAUGUUUCCUGACAUGGAGCCAAGCCUGAUAGAGGAUGUUUGUAUUGCUAAGAAAUCACGUAUUGGACCCUGUGUUGAUGCUCUACUUUCCCUAUCAGAAUAA